UUAGGUAUUCAUAGGAAAAAUUUUAUCGAUAAAUUUUUAGUAAAACCCAAGAUGAAGACGUUUUUAAUGCACCGUUUAAAAUGACCGCUAAACAAAACCGAAUCGUAGAGACAUCUAACAAGUAAGGGUCUUCGAACGAAAGUCAGUGGUAGUGGUGUUCGAUGAAGUCUUCUCGUUCAUCCGUUUGGACGUAGUUAGUAAAAAUGAACGUUGUGGCAAAAUCGACCAGUUUGACACCUUAUUUGAGGUCGACUGUGGCUACAGUUACAAAUGGAUUGCAACCGAUAACUGCAAGUGGUCCUAUUAAAAAAUCAAAAAUUGUUACCGAACCUGUCGUCAGUCUAAUGCUCAACGAAAGUAUGUUACGAGCUAUUAUUACAGGGCCUCUGCGUGUGAGCUCAGGAAUCGGAGCGACCAAAGCAACAAGCUUACAAGCAACGCAAAGGCGAUUGGCUCAUACUGAUAUUCAAUGGCCAGAUUUUACUCCCUACCGUCAACAAUCCAAUAAAGACCCUACAGUUAACGAUCCAGACAAAGCAGAUACCCGUAAAACCUACACAUAUGUUGUAACAGCAGCUCUAGGAGUUGCCGGAGCAUAUUCUGCAAAAUCAAUAGUACAUAAUGUAGUAGCUAUGUUAGCUGCAUCUAAAGAUGUUAUGGCUUUAGCUAAAAUUGAAGUUAAACUUGAUACAAUUCCCGAAGGAAAAAGUGUUGUAUUCAAAUGGCGUGGAAAACCUUUAUUCGUACGCCACAGGUCAGCAAAAGAGAUUGAAAAAGAAUCACAAGUUGAUAUUGCAAGCCUCAGAGAUCCACAAGAAGAUAAGGAUCGUGUGAAACAGCCAGAAUGGUUGAUAGUUUUAGGAGUAUGUACACAUCUGGGAUGCGUUCCAAUUGCAAAUGCUGGUGAAUUUGGUGGUUAUUAUUGCCCGUGUCAUGGUUCCCAUUAUGAUGCCAGUGGAAGGAUUAGGAAAGGACCAGCACCUCUAAACUUGGAAGUGCCAGAAUAUGAAUUUCUUAAUGAGACUACAGUAGUAGUUGGUUAAAGUAUGAAUGCUUGUAGUCAAAUAAUAAUGUUAUUUUUAAUGACACACCUUUUUUCACGUAUUAUUCCAUUCAAAAUUUAAACAAAACAUUUCCUAUACAAAAUUGAGUCAUCAGUAUGUGGGAACUACAAAUGCAAUAAAAUUGUGUAAAUAAAAUAAUAAAUUUAACCAAAAUAGAA